AUGGUGCAGUAUGAAGAUGCCACAGAAUACAGAGGAUCAGAUCCUCAGCUACAGAUACAAGGAACAGUCUUCCCAGCUCCAAAUUUCAACCCAGUUAUGGAUGCCCAGAUGCUGGGGGGAGCCCUACAGGGAAUAGGUUGUGAAAAGGACAUGGUGAUUGAUAUUCUAACACAGCGUUGCAAUGCACAAAGACUUAUGAUUGCAGAGGCUUACAGGGACAUGUAUGGCAGGGAUUUGAUUAUGGACCUGAAAGAGAAUCUCUCUCAUCACUUCAAAGACGUUAUGGUUGGCCUGAUGUAUCCACCUGCAUCCUAUGAUGCCCAUGAGCUAUGGCAUGCUAUGAAGGGAGCAGAGAUGGAAGAGAACUGUCUAAUUGAUAUAUUAGCCUCAAGAUCAAAUGGGGAGAUUUUCCAAAUGAAAGAAGCCUACUUAAUGCAAUACAACAAUGAUCUUCAACAAGACAUUUAUUCUGAGACUUCAGGCCACUUCAGAGACACACUUAUGAACCUCACUCAGGGAACCCGGGAGGAAGGGUAUGCAGAUCCUGCUAUGGCUGCUCAGGAUGCAAUGGUCCUAUGGGAAGCAUGUCAGCAGAAAACAGGGGAACACAAAAAUAUGAUGCAAAUGAUCCUGUGCAACAAGAGUUACCAGCAGUUGUGGAUGGUUUUUCAGGAGUUCCAAAACAUCUCUGGGCAAGAUAUAGUAGAUGCUAUUAAUGAAUGUUACGAUGGAUACUUCCAAGAACUGCUGAUAGCAAUAGUUCUCUGUGUUCGAGAUAAACCUUCCUAUUUUGCAUAUAGGCUUUACAAUGCAAUCCAUGAGUAUGGUUUCCAUAAUAAAACUGUUAUCAGGAUUUUGAUUGCCAGAAGUGAAAUAGAUUUGAUGACUAUAAGACGACGAUACAAAGAGAGAUAUGGGAAAUCUCUGUUUCAUGAUAUCAAACAUUUUGCUUCAGGACAUUACGAGACAGCUUUACUUGCCAUCUGUGCUGGUGAUGCUGAAGAUUAUUAA